GGAAAUAUCAAGCUUAGGCAUUUAAAGACAAAACUGAAAAAACAAAAAUGUUUUUCAUUGCGUUACUUCUUGCUGUCGUUGUGUCUGGUUAUUUGUUCCUAAAGUGGCAUUUCUCGGUGUUCAAACGUCUGGCUAUCCCCGGGCCAGACCCAUGCCUGGUGACCGGGAACCUCCUACCCAUUCUGAAACGGGGUCAGCUGGAGGCGAUGUGCAGCUGGGAGCGUCAGUACGGGCGCGUGUUCGGCUACUAUGAAGGCUGGACGCCCGUCAUCUCCGUGGCCGACCCGGACAUUCUUCGGGAAAUUCUCGUCAAAGACUUCAACAACUACCGCUCUAGAAAGCCAUUUCCACUGGCGCCGCGGAAAUCCCUUGGUCUAUUUUUGGAGAACGGUGACCAAUGGAAGCGCAGUAGGGCAUCCUUGACCCCGGCGUUCAGUACUGGGAAACUCCGGCAGAUGUUCUCACAGAUUAAUGACAGUGUGGACCAUCUCGUUUGUAACACUGAGGGAAAAUGUGGAGAGUCAUUUGAUAUUUACAAUCUGUACCAGCGACUGACCCUUGACGUCAUCGGCAGGUGCGCGUUCGGUCUGCAGACGAACGUUCAGACGGACGAAAAUGACGACUUCCUACUGAACAUCCGGGUACUGUUUGACGGGCUCUCCAAAACCAUCAUACAACCGCUUGUCAUGUUGGUGCCGUUUUUCUCCCACUUCCUGUUCGCGCUGAAGAACCUGGUGUUUCUGUUCGGAAUGAACCCAGUCAUGCGCCUCCGGAAUCAGAUGCGGGAAGUGGUCAGGGUCAGGAAACAGAUGGGGCACGAGAACAUUAUGCCAGACCUAGUUCAAUUGAUGGUGUUUCCAAACUGCGAGGGUUCCAAAAGCACGAGGAAAAACAUCGAGCCAAUGAGCGACCGAGAAAUCGUCGCACAGAGUAUGACUUUCCUAUUGGCUGGUUACGAAACUACGUCAGCAGUUCUUGCGUUCUUGACGCACGCGCUCGCAACAAAUGACGACGUACAGAACAAAUUAUGCGAAGAAGUGGAUGAGGUUUUAAAAAGCAAAGAAGUAACAUACGAAAUGGUGAACAAAAUGCCCUUCUUUGAUACAGUCAUUGAUGAAGUCUGCAGGCUCUACCCAACCGCCUCAAUGAUAGUAACGCGUGUCGGCGCCAAGGAGCGGGUGUACAAUGGCGUACGGCUCCCGGCGGGCAUGGCCAUCCAGGGGAACGUGUGGGCCCUCCACAGGGACCCGGAAUUAUGGGAGGAACCUGAGGAAUUCCGACCGGAAAGAUUCAGUGCUGAAAACAAGCCGAACAUUAAGCCCUACAGUUACCUCCCGUUCGGGGCGGGGCCGCGCAUGUGUAUUGGGAUGAGGUUCGCUCUCCUUGAGAUCAAGGUCGCGGUUGGAAGGAUUCUUCAGAACUUUACGUUCGCCAAGUCCUGUGAAACUACGGACAAACUGACCUUGAUCACACGUGGCGCGAUCGUUCCCAGAAAUGGUGUGAAUCUAAAAGUCAUGAGACGUCACUCCAUUUAGACGUCGCACUUUCUACUGUGUAGUGAUGACGUCAUAUCUAUAACAUACAUGUCGGGCGGAGGUGUCGACAUCUUCCAAAACGUUUCUUGAUAAUAUGAUAUCAUAUUCAUUUUUGUGUCAGAUAUGUAUUUUCAAUACGGGUAAAUAAAGUAUAUACACCGACAAUUUGUAAAUUUACAAUUGCAAAACUUACGGCGCACCAAUUAAUGUACCGUAUCUGUGUAUUUAGCAUUUAUUAACCCUCUAUUGAUAAAAUAUAUGUACAGCGAGCUUUAUUAAACUAAAUGAACUUUUAA